GUGAUUUGAGGUUGUCCUUGUUUCGCUACAAUUUUUUUUUUUUAUUUUCCACCUUCAAUUAUAGCUCUCUCCGGAUUAGAAUUUGUACAAAAAAAAAAAAAAGCUUAACAUUUUCAGAUCCAACUCAUUACUCUCUUCAAAGGACCAAAAAGAAGAUGGCUUCAACAUUCAGCGGCGAUGAAACUGCUCCUUUCUUCGGCUUCUUGGGUGCUGCUGCUGCCCUCGUUUUCUCUUGUAUGGGAGCAGCUUAUGGUACAGCGAAAAGUGGUGUUGGUGUAGCAUCAAUGGGUGUAAUGAGACCGGAGCUGGUGAUGAAAUCGAUCGUCCCGGUGGUAAUGGCUGGUGUGCUGGGUAUUUAUGGUUUAAUCAUCGCUGUUAUAAUCAGUACUGGGAUUAACCCAAAGGCUAAAUCGUAUUACCUUUUCGAUGGGUAUGCUCAUUUAUCUUCUGGUUUAGCUUGUGGACUUGCUGGUCUUUCUGCUGGUAUGGCUAUUGGAAUUGUAGGUGAUGCUGGUGUUAGAGCUAACGCACAACAGCCAAAGCUUUUUGUUGGGAUGAUCCUCAUUCUUAUCUUUGCCGAGGCAUUGGCACUAUAUGGCUUGAUCGUCGGCAUUAUUCUCUCAUCCAGAGCUGGUCAGUCACGAGCCGAGUGAUAGAGAAGGCCUAAUUACUCAGUGUGACUCUCAUAUCACUGGCCGUGGUUUACCGAAAGAAUUUGUUCCAUAUAUUAUUUUGUUUUGCUGGUUAGAAGUAUAUAAUAUAAGUUUUGCUCAUAAAAGUAUUUGUCUACAGCCUUUGAGAUUUUCUGCAGAUUGAAAAAAUUCAAAGGGGCUGAUGAUUAUAGAUUAGAGAUAUAUAAAUUAGAUGGUCCAAUAAAAAUUGUAGUUUUGUUUUUAUUAAAUUAUGUACUUGGGGAUCCAAUUUGGAACCUUGUAGACUUGGUGCUUGCAUUAGUUCUUCA